GCUCAUCACACAAGUCUUCAAAAUGGAAUCCGCCAAGGUCCCCGUCAAGCUCGUCAAGGUCACCCGCGUCCUCGGCCGUACCGGUACGUCCAACAGAAGAACAACGACAACCCUCCAUGGCACGCUGCGUCGAAAGAGUCUACUGGAAAGAGGAGGAAUGCGCACUUGAAAGGAGACAUGCUCGGCACCUCAGACACGGCCAUGGAGGAUUGCAAACGAGAUGCGGAACAAAUUGCUGACGGAUUUUGGCGACACAGGCUCUCGCGGUGGUGUUACCCAGGUUCGCGUUGAGUUCAUGGACGACACUACUCGUUCCAUCAUCCGUAACGUCAAGGGUCCCGUCCGUGAGGACGACAUUCUCUGCCUUCUCGAGUCCGAGCGUGAGGCCCGCCGUCUCCGCUAAGCGAUCAUCGCAUGCCCUCCU